AUGAACAACACUCUCGCAUGUGAUGCUUCCUCGCCAAUGUUUCCAACCCUGCACCAUGAGUGUACUCGCGUACCCGUGACGGCACUGGCUUCUUGCGGCGCUCUGCUCAUCGUCGCCGAAGGCCCCUUUCUACGCUUCCACCAUGCCAAGGACUCGCGGUACAUAUCCUCAAAACGCGUCUUCAAAGCCCAAGCCGUUCAUGGAAUACGUGUGUUUUCAGGAGAAAAUGCCCAUACCAUUAAGCUAGUCAUCUGGGGUGGAAGACUUGUCCGCGCUCUUGAAAUCCACCUCGCAGGCCAAGUUGACGUACAAGGCUUGAGCUUGUGUUUUUCUAAUAUCGCAAAAGCUUCAGACUGGAUUCUUGAUCUUGCUCCUAGACCAAAAAGCUUGGAUGACGAUUCCCAAUAUCACAAAGCAGUCUGCAUUGCUGUCACUGCUCACAACGCACUAGUGCAGGUUGAGAUUGAACAAAGGAAGUCAGACACAACCCAGAAUACCAAUGGUCUUGAUGUCUCUGUGUUCGACCUUACCUCUAGUUCCCGAUCCAUCCUCUACUCGGCCCACCUUUUCUGGGAAAAUCUGGACCGCGUCCUCGUGGCCGCUGGCACAGCAUUUGGCGAGAUAAUAUACUGGUCAUGGUGCGAUGGUAUCCCCGAUGCUCCGGCUUCACGCAUCCACCGCGUCUUUCUGGGUCAUGAGGGCUCGAUCUUUGGUGUUCAAAUUUCAAAAGAGCUGCCUACUGGAUGCUGCCAAAAACUAAGGCGGGUAGUAGCAAGUUGCAGCGACGACCGCACCAUCCGGAUAUGGGAUGUUUCAGAUGUGAUUACGAGUGCGACUACUUCGGAGGCUGAUGACAAUGACCUGGAAGUUCUAAGGACGCGUCAUACCGGCUUCACUAACGGGGCUUUCGACUCAGACGAGUUCAAUAGUUCAAGCUGUCUCGCGAUAGGAUGGGGACAUCUCUCGCGCGUUUGGUCAGUUCGGUUUCUCGAAGCAUCCCCAUGCAAUGGGUCAUUGCUGCUCCAAUCUGCCGGUGAAGAUGCCACCGCACGAACGUGGGAACUCACGCCCAACCCUGGAAAUAGCGCAAACUUUCUCUAUAAGUUAUUGGAACUUGAUUGCGCAGCGCAUCAUAGCGGAAAGAAUCUGUGGUCUUCAGUUGUCUCUGAUGUCUCGACUGGAGUCCAGCAGGUUAUUGCAGGUGGCUCUGACAGUAAAGUCACAGCUACCCCACUCACUCGCGUCUUGCAAGCAGAGAAGAACCUGCGCGGUACGAUCGCUGAGUAUACUGUAAAUGACAUACUGUCAUGGGCGCAAGUGGCCGAAACAGGUCUUGACAAAAGUGGACUGGUGCAGCCCCCAAAACCUUCAAAGAAAGCAGAGUUUUUCAGAAGCUACUGCUUUGUAGACGAGACCUCGUUCUUGCUUACGACAAAUUCUGGGAACGUACUAAUCGGUACAUUAUCAUCCACCAAGGUUCAUAACCAAUCAAGUCUCCUUUCAGAUUCGACUCUACUUGAUCGAUUAGAAGACCUUUCUGGUUACUCCGUUUGUACGAGUGGGUCUCGUCCUGGUUUCGCUUACGUUGCUGGUGGCAGCGGCAAUAUCUAUGUUUAUAGCAAGAUUUCGGCUACCUUCACAAGCCUCUAUGCCGUUGGUAGUAAGAUCGGAGACAUAUUCGCUGCCGAGCUGGUAAAUUCUGAUGGUCCAGGUUCGACAGUUCUUCUUGUAACUCUCGUUGGUCAAGGUGAAGCGCGACUAUUAUAUGUGGAUCCUAAUUGCAGCACAAAUAUUCAGAGAGUCAUACCAAUACCCGUAGCGGACUCUUCGACCGGUUCUGUCAUCACCAGCAUGACAUAUGCGAGAGCAUCCGGCAGGGAUUUUGUUAUGGUCGGGUUCCGACGUGGAUCGAUUGCGCUUUUUAACGUCCACAACGAUGAGGAGGGCAAGCAUGAGGCUACUUUGCUAAGAGUCAUCGACAAAGCACAUGGAGGAGAAGCAGUUACCUCGCUCACAUGGAAACCCUCAUGUGAAGCUACUGGGCUUGGCCAUCUGUUCUCAGUAGGAAGGGAUGGACGUCUUUGCGUGCACCAACUUGGUUCAUCUGCGAAUAUAGUCGAAUUGGUACAUGACCUUGCGCUUCCAUUCGGGCCCAACAUCGAAGGGUUAUACGUCCAGGAUGGGCGACUCUUCAUACACGGUUUCUCAAGCAAGAAAUGGUACCUUUAUGAUGUCACUAACGAAGAGGAGGUCAUGAGCAUCGACACCGGAGGAGCACAUAGGAGUUGGACCUUCCGGUCGCAUUUGUCUGUAGGAGGUACUCUCGUGUGGACACGAGCUUCUAGUAUGCAUAUCUGCAGUCAGAACGGAGCAAAUCAUGCUGUCAUUCGACCAGGGGGUCACGGGCGUGAAAUCAAGGCGGUAGCGGUUUCACCACAAGGUGGAAGCCGAUCUCGUCAACUUAUCGCUACUGGCGCCGAGGACACCGAUAUCAAGAUCUUCCAGUACGCUGAGAAAGAUUUCGCUUGCCGAAGGACUAUUCGCAAACACACCACAGGCAUUCAGCAUCUGCAAUGGUCGCAUGACGGCGAGUAUUUGUUCAGCAGUGGUGGCUGUGAAGAAUUCUACGUAUGGCGGGUUCGUGACUUAUUGACAUCUGCUGUCGAUAUCGGAGUAGUAUGUGAACAUGUAUUCGUGCCAGAAAGUGAGCAUGCGGACUUGAGGCUUAUGUCUUUCGAUGUAAUCACGUUGGGAUCUGCACAUACUAUUGCAAUGGCAUUCUCAGACUCUAGCAUCAAGGUUUACCGUUUUGACCCUACUGUUACUGUGAAGUGGCAGCCUCUUGCGAAAGGCCUGUACUUCACAUCCUGCCUAACGCAAUAUGGUCAUGCUGUGAUAUGGCCGCUGGCAACCGAGACAGAACGAUUGUCAGGCGAUUCUUCUGAUCCGACCCUUCAGCUGGCAUGGCAUCAUCCGGCAAGGAUACACCAGAACUCUUCGAAGGCCAUGGCAUGCCAUUCCGUCGAUGCAGACACUUGGCUCAUCGUGUCUGGCGGAGAUGAUGGCAGCCUGGCGUGUAUACUCGCACAAUCUACAUCCUCACACUCGUCGACUUCGCCGGCGACCUCUUACGUUUCGCCGCCAAUCCUCGCCAGUCGUGCACAUGGCUCUGCAGUGACAUCAUGCAGUCUCUUGAAGCACAAAUCACGCGUUCUCCUAGUCACAUCAGGAAAUGACGAGUGGGUCCGACUGUGGGAGAUUGUCCUUCGGAACAAUGAUGAUGAAGUCAGACAUGAGAUUUCAGCAGAGCUUGAAGAUGCAUUGGUGAUCCAGAGAUUGGGCAAGAUCAAGACGAAUGUUGCAGAUGUCACGUUCACAACCUCGACUGAACCUGUCUCACACCAGAUCGACAACGACACACCACGAAGACAGCGAACGUCGACAAAAAUCAUGGUCGCUACACGCCGCGGUGCGAAGAAAGCCCCAGAGGCCACCUCUGCGCCCUCAAACACACUCAACGCCCCUCCCAAACGCGGCGGCAGGAAGAAGGCAGUCGAUGAGAUCGACGAACUCGCGCCUUCCCCAAUCAAACCCACAAAGACAACCGCUGUGAAGCGCAAGGCGAAGGCUGAGCCUGAAGAUGCCGAGCCGCCCAUGGCUAAGAAGACGGUCGCAACAAAGACAGCGCGCACAGUCAAGGUCCAGACGAGAGCUGUGCCUGCACCUGCUCCAGCAACAAGAGCGACGCGUGGUCGCAAGGCUGAGGAACCUGCCGCUGCAGAGGAGCCCGAAAUUACCGAAGAGGCGCCCAAGCCAGCAGCCACUCGUACACGCAAGAUCGCGGCAGUAAAGCAGGCACCUGCACCCAAACUUCAGAAGCCUGUUGUUGCCGAAGAGCCUGCUGUCGAAGAGGCACCUAAAGCAACAUCCAGGGUACGCAAAGCACCUGUACCCGUAAAGAAGGCGCCCACCACCAAGAAGAGCGAGCCUGCUGCCACCGAGAAAACCACCGUCAGUGAGCCGGCUAAGCCAGCAACUCGAACCCGCAAGCCACCAGUACCCAAAGCCUCGGCAUCCGCUCCAGCCCCCGUCAUCGCACCCAGAGCCACACGUGGUCGCAAUGCCCCGGCAGUUUCACAAGACUCGCCUCUCAAGGCACCGGCCCGGAAGCCUACAAAGAAGGCCACUGCUGUUCCCAAGACGAAAGCUGAGCCUGAGGCUGUCGUCGAAACAGCUGAAGAGCCAAUCGCUGAAGUAGUCGAAGAGCCAAUUGUCGAGGCAGUUGAAGAGGCAGAAGAGCCAGUUGAAGAGGCAAUUGAACAACCGGUCAUCGCGGUGGCUGACGAGCCAGCCAUAGAAGUGAUUGAAGAGUCAGUCGUCGAGGUUGUCGAGCAGCCAUUCGCGGAGUUUCCUGGCUACCCUACAACACCCACACACAUCUCUGCCCCAAUGACUUCUAGGGAAGCCGUCGCUGAACUACCGGGCUACCCGACUACACCAUCCCACGUCAUUGCGCCUCUGUCAAACGAGCAGGGUCUUGCAGAACUAGCAGGAUACCCCACGCCGCCUGCGCACAUCACUGCACCCGUUGUAGCAGCCGCCCAGGAAGAUGAUGUCGAUGUCAUUGAGCAUGAGUACAACGACGUCGCCAUGGAGGAUGUUGAGGAUAACGAGCCGGUAGAGCAGAGCGAGGCCUGCCAGGUCUUAACGGUUUCUGAGGCCGAGGAGCAUGUCACGACAGUGGUAUCAGAGGAUUCUCAGCACGUUGAGUACCCUCACAUCGAAGAGGAGGAAAUGCGCGAGGACCUCGAUGCUACAGUUGACAUCUCCACAUCCGCUGCAAGGUCUCCUGUGACUGUCCAGCCUGAUACCUCUAGCUCGGCCGCUAUAACAGUAGAUAACUCGACUGCCGACAUUUCUAGCACUCCCUCUGCCGAGGUCGUCUGCGGUAUGACUGACCAGGAAGCAUUCGAGGAACUUCCAGCCGCAUACCCUACCACACCAACUCACGUUUCCGCUCCCAUAACUUCUAAAGCGGCAUUGGCCGAGCUCCCGGAUUACCCCAAGACCCCUGCUCAUAUCUCUGCCCCUGUAACUUCUAAAGCGGCGUUGGCUGAGCUUCCGGGUUAUCCAAAGACCCCAGCUCACAUCUCUGCUCCUGUUUCCUCCAAAGCAGCAUUGGCCGAGCUCCCCGAUUAUCCCAAGACUCCUGCUCACAUCAAGGCACCGAUGACUCCUCGCCGCGCUCUUGCUGAGUUGCCCGACUAUCCCACCACACCAAGCUUGGCACUCGAAGCUGCUCUCCAGGAAGAGAUUACCAGGUCAGUCAAGAAGCAGACACCAUCGCCUGUGAGAUAUCCAACUCUCAAGAAUGACUCAUUCGAGCUUGAGGAGCCUAGCGAGAUUGCCGACAUCAGCGAGGUCACUGAGGCUAGUGAAGUCGGUGAGAUUGCGGUUGCGCAUACUGCAAUUGAACCUUCCCCGUUUGUAACCAGGCCAAUCAUGCAACUGGCGCCACUCAAACUCGCUCCUACUUUCGCAGCACCCGAGCCAGCAUCACCCAAGAAGUCUGCCCUGCGAUCACCUCAGAAGGUCAAGGACGCUAAGACCCCGAAGAAGACUGUUGCUUGGACCGACGUCCAAGCGGAUGAGAGCGAUCUAUUCCUGUAUGACGGCAUUCUUCAGGGCAUGGUUUUCUACGUCGACGUCACAAGCAACGGCAGGGAGCAAAACUUCCUCUUCCGUGGUCUGCUCGAAGAUCUCGGCGCGAAGGUAGUCCAAGAUAUAUCGCACGCGUCCUUGAGCCACGUUCUCUUCAAGGACGGAAGCAUAUCCACACUGGAGAAGUGCCUUGAGAGCAAGGGGGCGAUUAAGUGUGUCAACGUUGGGUGGGUGUUGGACAGCGAAUCAAGCAAGAAGCGUAUGGACGAAGAGCACUAUCUAGUUGAUCUAUCGGUUGCGAAGCCAGCAACUCCUCUUCCCACAACCGUCGCGAAGCCCUUCACGCCGUUCAAGACUCCUUCCAAGUACGCGCUUCCACCUUCGUCUCAAUGCAAGAUGCCCAGCACACCAACAAGCUCCGAGUUCGAUCGCUCCUUCAACGACGAUAAAGAAAAUUGCGAGGUUGGCAUGUUCUUCGACAACGACAAGAGCCCUCUCGCACCUCGGACUGCUCCUAUCAAGAAAUCGUCUUUCCUGUUUAGCAGGUCAGCCAUCAAGACUCCGUCCAAGUCCAUCUUCCUUGGAGCUACGCCCUCAAAACCGAUCUUUUCGACUGUCAAGCCUGCUCCUCAGGCUGCCACUACUGUUAAGAAGCGCCCCGCAGAGUCGUCUUUCUUCGGCUCCCUUGGCCCGCCCAAGAAGUUGCGUCUCUUCUAG